ACAGCUCCUGGAUCAGUGUGAAGAUGCUCAGCAGGAUCUUGUUGGUGUGCCUGUCUCUCAGUGUGAACAGUGCAGCCUCCUCGCUCAGCUGCAGAUGGAUCACGGAUGAGAAAUUCAGACAGCACAGUGAAAACUAUCUGCAGCUGCUGGAUACGAUGGUGAGUCUUUGUUUACUCUCACUGGAUGAUGUUCACUGGAUGACUUUACUUUACUGUGUGUUUCCUUCAACUCAUGAUGUGUGUGUGUGUGUGUGUGUGUGUGUGUGUGUGCUGCAGGCUAAUAACUCCACUAACAGCACUGAGGAUGAUGAAGUGAAGAACACCUUCCCUGAACAUCUGUACAGCCAGGCGUCCAAAGCAUCAGCUGAGGAUAAACUUGCCUUCACAGCUCAGGUUCUGAAUGAGACGUCUGUCCUGUUUGAGGAGGAUCACAGCUCAGCAUCAUGGGAGGAGAACACAGUGGAGAACUUUGUCAUCGUUGUGACCCAGCAGGCGGACGAGCUUCGCUCCUGUAUCGGGAGCCACGGACACAAGAAGAAGAACAAGAAGCUGCACAUGUACUUCCAGAGACUGUCCAGCCACGUCCUCCAGAGAAUGGGCCACAGUGCUGAAGCCUGGGAGCUGAUCAGGAAGGAAGUCCAAUUCCAUCUGAUGAGGGCAAACCAGCUGGUUACAUCUGCAACCAGAACCAACUGAAACCUGUCACAUCAACCAUCUGUACAUCUAUUUAUCUAUCUAUUUAUUUAUUAAUGCACUUAUUUAUC